CCCGCACUGUCCUAAGCACUUGUCGCCAUGUCGGUCCUACACAUCCACCCCGCGAAACUCUUGUCCCGCGCGCCGCUUCCUGCCCUUCCCCCGGGCUUUGAUCUCAACCCCGACGUCGAGUCCAGGACAGACGCAAAGCACAACUAGCCCCGCUGUCGCCCUAUCCCCGGCAAAGUUUAUAAGGGGGACGUGUCUCAGGACGACGGGGCUCAGCCAGCUCUCGGCAUAGCGAGUUGGGCGAUCACCGGGCGACACUGAACAUUAUUAGCUCUGUGCCUUUGGACGGAGGGCGGGCGGGUGAGCACGCGCGCCUCUCUAGAAGAGACCUCCAGAGUUGGGACCUGGAACUUCCAGAGGUGUCCCCCUUUCCCCCGCGAGGAAACUUGGCGAGUCAGCUGGCCGCAGGGCUGGACAAGGGGCAGCAGGGCGACCAGGGGGCGGAGCAGCCCCAGCCAAUGGGCCGGCCCGGGGCCGGUGACGCCACGGCCAAUGGUCCGGCAGCGCGGGACUUUCAAGUCGCUGUCUCCGCCCCGCCGCGGGGAAGACUGCGCCUAUAAAGUCGGCCGGCUGGGUCCCCGGUCAGGUCCCCGGCGCUCCUUGUCUCGCUGUGUCCUGUCUCCGCCAUGGCCCGCACGAAGCAGACCGCCCGCAAGUCCACCGGCGGCAAGGCCCCGCGCAAGCAGCUGGCCACCAAGGCUGCCCGCAAGAGCGCGCCGGCCACGGGCGGCGUGAAGAAGCCGCACCGCUACCGGCCCGGCACCGUGGCGCUGCGCGAGAUCCGGCGCUACCAGAAGUCGACCGAGCUGCUGAUCCGCAAGCUGCCGUUCCAGCGCCUGGUGCGCGAGAUCGCGCAGGACUUCAAGACCGACCUGCGCUUCCAGAGCUCGGCCGUCAUGGCGCUGCAGGAGGCGAGCGAGGCCUACCUGGUGGGGCUGUUCGAGGACACGAACCUGUGCGCCAUCCACGCCAAGCGCGUCACCAUCAUGCCCAAGGACAUCCAGCUGGCCCGCCGCAUCCGCGGGGAGCGGGCAGAAAUCAAAACCUCAGGAAAAGGGCAUCAGCGUAUGGAGUUUGGGAAUCUCUCUGAUUUAAAUGAAGCCAUCCAUACAUUAUGCUUGAGCGCAUACAUUACAAAGAAAAUCUCACAAUAUGCUUGGCAGUUGGGUGGGCAGCAUCCAGAUUCCACUGGGCAGUUUCUCCUACAGAUGGGAGAGGUCAUCAGAGAAAUGGCUCGCACGAAGCAGACCGCCCGCAAGUCCACCGGCGGCAAGGCCCCGCGCAAGCAGCUGGCCACCAAGGCUGCCCGCAAGAGCGCGCCGGCCACGGGCGGCGUGAAGAAGCCGCACCGCUACCGGCCCGGCACCGUGGCGCUGCGCGAGAUCCGGCGCUACCAGAAGUCGACCGAGCUGCUGAUCCGCAAGCUGCCGUUCCAGCGCCUGGUGCGCGAGAUCGCGCAGGACUUCAAGACCGACCUGCGCUUCCAGAGCUCGGCCGUCAUGGCGCUGCAGGAGGCGAGCGAGGCCUACCUGGUGGGGCUGUUUGAGGACACGAACCUGUGCGCCAUCCACGCCAAGCGCGUCACCAUCAUGCCCAAGGACAUCCAGCUGGCCCGCCGCAUCCGCGGGGAGCGGGCUUAA